AUGGGUGCAGUUAUUGAAACAAAGAUGGAUGUUGCAGGUGUAGCCAUCAUAGAUGCAGAAUCAGAGGACAGUGACUUUGUCUUAGGAAAUGAGGACCUACUAGACCUAAGACCAUUAGAUGAAAAACUUUUACUGAAUAAUAGAAAAACACGUCGGAAGGACAAAAAUGCAGUGGCGCCCUCUGAAGAUGUGUCCAAAUUGUAUUUAAACUAUAAGGUACUUAAAUGUACAGUUCCAGUAGCACAACUGCGAGAACUGGCUGAACUACCGCCAGGGUUGGACUACAAUGAAUGGCUGGCUUUUAACACACUGGCGUUCUUUGAUAAUGUGAAUUUAAUCUAUGGAACAGUGUCCGAAUUCUGUACAGUGUCUGGUUGUCUGGAUAUGACGGGGCAUUAUAACAGACAAUAUUUAUGGUUCGACGAAAAGGAUAAACAAUGCACGGUAGCAGCUCCGCUAUAUGUAGACUACGUGAUGACGUUCAUACAGAAAACUGUGAAUGAUGAAUCGAUAUUUCCCACCAAGUUCGAUAAAUCCUUUCCUAGUUCCUUUGAAUCCAUGGUGAAGAAAAUCCAUUGUUUGCUGCUGCACAUAAUAGCCCACAUUUACCAGGCCCACUUCAGAGAGAUACUUCUCCUCAACCUUCAUGCCCACCUCAACACCAUUUUCUCCCACUUCAUGCUCUUUGCCCAACAGUUUAACUUGUUGGAAGCGAGUGACACCGAGGUGCUUCGGGAAUUAGCUACAGUCCUGAAACUAUACUCCUUGGUGGACCCCGGAACCGAGACACUGCCCAUUUCUAAGAAGUAUGAAACCAGUUCUCCUGGACAUGAGAAAUCCACUGACAAGCAACCUGUGAGUGAGAGCUCAACAAAAUCAGUGGCUCCAGAAAAUGAUGCAUUAGUUAAAACAGCAAACAAAAGAUCUGCCUCAUCUUGUGUCGUUGUGCAGUCCGUAUCUUCUCCUUCCUUAACGACCUUACACAGACGCAUUGGUUCUGGCGGACACUGUAAGUCAUGUACAAUGGACUUGGCAAUUCUCACAAGAUCCUCUUCUUGUCGUUCUUUGCCAGUUCAGUUGCAGUAUUCAACCACCUAG